GUUCUUCUCCAGCUCAGAUCAAAUCAUCCACAAAGCCCGAUCUUCAAUUAAGCCAUCUCAUCAACACUGCGGAUACAAUCAGCCGAUCUUCCCAAAGUCAACUGAUUGCUCUGACAACACACACAACAAUACCGCAUCCAGCCUUCGCACCACAUCUUUCUCGGUCAUCAUGACAGAGCCACUCGCCAAAGUUGACUCCGCUGUCGAUGGCGUCGACGUCAAGGAUAACAAGACGGUCAAGAAGCCCCGGCAGAGCACUGUGGCCGCUGCCGGAGUGUUCAAGCUCGAGGAUCUUGUCGAGGAAGGAAAGACAAUUCAGAUCGCCAAACAGACCCAGAAGACGGGCUGGAAGAUCAACACGUCACCAAACACCGUUGAGGACAAGGACAUCCUCAAGCUUCACCUGACCGAGCCACCAAUCAAGAAGAUUGAUCUGCAUUUCCCAUUGGGUUUGGAGGUCACUGCACGAAACCUGAAGGGUGUCACCAUCAAGGAUGCCAUGGAUGCCAUCCACAAGCCCUACAAGAAGAAGCAAGAUGACGAGCUCCCGGAGGCCUACCUCAAGGGAUUCGAGUAUGACCCAGAGGAGUCCAAAACCCGGCUGGUAGUGCACCUGACAUCGACUCCGGAGGUCGAGUCUACCGGUGGUAAGAAGAAGAAGAAGAACAAGGGUGAAGAGUAAGCCAUCCUUACAUGCAGGCGGGCCACAGGUGGCAGGAUCUGCACUGUUAAGCGUUGACAAGCGGCCUCAUGGAGCUGACUGCCAUGAUAUGUUGCUGUGCUCGGCCGCUUAGGCCAGUCACAUUGACACCGCUGGCUGCAGUAGUUGAAUCUCAUAUCUAUGACCAGUCUCUAGUUUCACUGAGCUGUUUGCCUUUGCAGGUUAGCUGCAUCAGUGCUAAGAAGAAGAAAAAAUGGACCGUUGUUCUUUCUCGAUG